CACAUCAUUGGAUCUGCGUUUUGUCGUCCGAUAGAUUCACACCCUCGAAUUCAGGCAUCAUAUCUUUUGAAGGUCGAACACGACGAGAAUAUACGACUCGAACGAACCCCUCGUUAUCGACUGCCGCCCACUGAGAUCGAUCUUUCGGACGAGCUAUAGUUAGCACAGCAACGAUGGUUACCUUUCGGAAAGCUGUCAUCAUGGCAGCGGUGCUGCUGUUCAUGAUCUUUAUGUUAUAUCCUCGACAUUCAUCGAUGCACACACAACGAGCUCCAACAUCAUCACCACCAUCAACAGCAGCAGCAGCAGCACCACCGCAAUCUCCGGGGUCCGUGAAGACGGAUACAACACCCAAUUCCGCCCCACCGAUCACGACCCAACCCAAACCCACCGUCCCAAAGGUCGACUCCGGAGCGGCAAAGGUGCAGCAGAAACUCGCGCUGGCCGCCGUCCAGAAUCUCCCCAUCGACAAGCAGCUCGCCUACCACUUUCCAUACUCGGUCUCGUCAAAGUUCCCCGCGUACAUCUGGCAGACCUGGAAAUACACACCGGCCAGCGGCCAAUUCGCGGAUAAGUUCCGCGUUCCCGAAGCAAGCUGGACCGAAAAACAUCCCUCGUUCGUUCACGAGGUCAUCACCGACGAUGUGGCCGAACAUCUGAUCCGGCAUCUCUACUCGGCCAUUCCCGAUGUGCUGGAAGCAUACCUUUCCAUGCCCCUCCCGAUCCUGAAGGCCGACUUCUUCCGCUACCUGAUCCUCCUCGCCCGCGGAGGAGUCUACGCGGACAUCGAUACCCAGGCGCUGAAGCCGACCACCGAAUGGGUCCCGCAAUCCUUCAACGCCAAAUCUAUCGGUCUGGUGAUUGGAAUCGAGGCGGAUCCCGACCGCGCGGACUGGGCCAAGUGGUACUCCCGCCGCAUCCAAUUCUGCCAGUGGACGAUCAAGGCGAAACCUGGACAUCCGGUACUGGUCGAUAUCGUCACCAAGAUCACGGCGGAAACACUCAAGCGCAAGCGCGAGGGAAACCUCAAGCCCAACCACGAUGGCGUCGUAGAGUGGACCGGACCGGCCGUCUGGACUGACUCCAUCUUCUCCUACUUCAACGAUCCCAAUUUCUUCGAAACCACUGCGUCGGCCGGGAACAUCACCUUCAAGAAUUUCACCGGCAUGAGGGACUCGAAGAAGAUUGGCGAUGUAGUGGUCCUUCCCAUCACCAGCUUCUCCCCGGGUAUCGGGCACAGCGGUGCGGGGCCGGUCGAGGAUCCCAUGGCGUUCGUCAAACACGAGUUUGAAGGCUCGUGGAAACCCGCUACCGAGCGGAUAAUAGAACCCAAGCCGCAGCAUGAUGCGAAUCAGCAGCAGCAGAACCCACAGACAUGAUUCUUAUCUUUUAAAUUUUAUUCGAGAAAAGUGACUGGCGUGUAAAUAGACGGGACGGGGUUUUGGUUUUGUUCUUUUUUGGGUUAUAUCAUUUACAAUUGGGAAGAUCAUACCGUUUCUUUCUCUUUCCGGGAUGGGGGGUUUUGUUUUGGAUAAUACCUAGCAUUUUUGGUAUCUACCGCUGCAUGAAAUGAAGUUGCAAACUUGCAACUUGUAACUUGCAGGGCUCCUUUAAGUAUAGUCUCAGCUUCGCACUGUGUUUCUCCUCGGCGCGAGGAUAUGAGGGGGCUGAGC